CUCAUGGGGUCCUUCGGCUGUGGGCCGGCGCGGGGAGAGGGCCUAUAAAUCGCCCCCUCCAAUGCGGCAUUGCCCACACGCCCACGCACCAGAUCAAGAGGCGUAGAGAGCGAGAGAGAAGGAAGGAGACAGAGAGAGAGUCGCAGAUCCAGAGCGAGAGAAGGAUGGGCGGUUGGGCAAUUGCUUUGCAUGGUGGCGCUGGCGUGGACCCUAAUCUCCCACUCCACCGCCAAGAGCAAGCCAAACAACUCCUCACCCGCUGCCUCAAUCUCGGCAUCUCCGCCCUUCGCUCCUCCCUCCCUGCCCUCGACGUCGUCGAACUCGUUCGAGAGUUGGAAACGGAUCCCCUGUUCAACUCCGGCCGCGGAUCUGCCCUGACGGAGAAUGGAACGGUGGAGAUGGAAGCCAGCAUCAUGGACGGGACGAAGAGGCGGUGCGGCGCCGUUUCAGGCCUCACCACGGUGAAGAACCCCAUCUCUCUCGCCCGCCUCGUCAUGGACAAAUCUCCCCAUUCCUACCUUGCCUUCUCUGGCGCCGAUGACUUUGCCAGGCAGCAGGGUGUGGAGCUCGUAGGGAACGACUACUUCAUCACGGAGGAAAACGUGGGAAUGCUUAAACUGGCCAAAGAAGCGAACACCAUCAUGUUUGACUACAGGAUCCCAGCCGUGGGUUUGGAAACGUGCAGCGCCGGCGCCGCCGCGGCGAUGGAGAAGAUGAACGGCCUCCCGAUCAGCGUGUACGCGCCGGAGACGGUGGGGUGCGUGGUGGUGGACGUCGAGGGGCGGUGCGCGGCGGCGACCUCUACCGGGGGACUGAUGAACAAGAUGACCGGGCGCAUCGGGGACUCGCCGCUCAUCGGGGCGGGAACUUACGCGUGCGAACUCUGCGGGGUGUCUUGCACGGGUGAGGGGGAGGCCAUCAUACGGGGGACGCUGGCGCGGGAGGUGGCGGCGGUGAUGGAGUACAAGGGACUGGGGCUGCAGGACGCGGUGGAUUUCGUGAUAAAGGAGAGGCUGGACGAAGGGAAGGCGGGGCUGAUCGCAGUGUCGCGAAAUGGGGAAGUUGCUUGUGGGUUUAACACCACUGGAAUGUUCAGGGCCUGCGCCACCGAAGAUGGGUUCAUGGAAGUGGGCAUUUGGGAAUAAUGACAACAAUAUUAAUAAUAGAGAAAUAAUGUACUCGGAAGAUGGUUUUUAAUUUUUAGGGUUAGGUUUUUUAAUUAGAUCCGGCCUGAAAUGGGUGCUGUAGGGUUGUAACUUGGGGCGAGUGGUGUAGUGAUUUGGGCUGCUGCACUGUUAAUAAUGAUGGCCUAGAGUAUACCAGCUUCAUUGUAUGGUGGAGAUUGCAUGCUCUGCAUUCUUCAUCCUUUGGGGAAUUUAAUAUAAAGCCACUUGCUUACCAUUGAAUUCAA